AUGGGUUGGAUAUCGUCAAUUCUCGGCACCGACAAGUCGGCAGACCCGCUAGCAAAACUCGAUCCCAGCCUUCGUGACUUUCUCGAGAAAGAAUCUCCCCUCAAAUACCCAGCGAACCAGCCUGCGAAUCCUGCUCAAGCAGUUCAGAAGCCCAGCAAUACAAACGUCCCAGUAGCAGAGACACAAGAGCAAAAACCGAAUGCUCCCCCAGCGAGCUUGUACAAGGAUGGACGAUAUGCGCAUCUAUGGAAAAACUACCGACCGCUUGCCGAGAUUGAAGCUGAAACAGCAUCCGACCAUGAAAAGCUGAUGAGUGUGUUGGAAGCAUACAAGGAGCGAAAAGAGGCCAUUGGUAAAGCAGCGUUGGAGAACUGCGCCGAGUAUCAAGAGGAGUGGGUGAAUUGCAUGAAGCAUGGAAGUUGGGAAGACCAAAUACAAAUGUGCAGGAACCAAGUGCGCAGUUUCGAGAGGUGCUACUUGAUGCAAUCGAGAUUCCUUCGUGCGUUGGGUCAUGGCUCAGUGGUGGGUAGAUCACCCGAAAUAGAGGACGACAUUCAAAUGCACGCCGAUGCUCUCUACCAAAGGAUGAUCAAGCACGAGGAGGCGGUAGAAAAGGCCAAAGCCGAAGGUCUCCCUGUUCCUGUUUUCCAGUCCAAACUACCAAAGGCCAAGGACGAUUCAGUUGUGCCUACAGAAGAGCUCCAGCAGCAAUGGAAGGAACAGCUGGAUAAGCUACCAGCUGAGGAGCGUGCGGUUGAAGAGGCUGCUCUCCGCGCCGAUCUUCAGGUCAAGGCCGAGGUCGCGGGCAACGUCCAGAAGAUCUGGGACACACAGGCGGAGCAGAGGAAACAGAGGCAAGCAGAAGGCAACUCAACGUUUGGAGAUUAUAUGGCUUCGCUAUUUGGGAAGUCUGGAAAAUAA